AUGUCGCGAGGUCACAGCUCCUUCGAGCGAGUCUUUCCUCGUUCGGGCACCGAAAGCGCAUCAGUUCAACCGUCAGGAGAUGCUCCGUCGGUGCAUGAGCUUUUCGCCAUGGCCCUGAGAGAAGAGCUCCCUCUGAAGCAGUUGGCAGAAGCGUUGAGCCGUUUGCACGGUAUACGCAUGACCGUGGCAGCUGCACGGCUACUGUCUUCCGUGGAUGCCGGCUCCGGCAGGUUGUCCUUCAGCCAAUUCCAGCGCGCGUUGCAAGAGGACUCGGCGCCACUUGCUGAGGCUGGACUGCCCAACGUUUUCGUUGACCAGGCAAAAGCAAUUAUUGCCGAUAACGGCGGAUCUCCGCUGCCCCCAGAAGAAAGAAGAGGCGAUAAUAAUCGCCCACGGACGGACAUUUCCAACGAGGAUUUCGUGAAGGCUGGCAUCUUCGCCAGCAGGGUGCAGGCCCAGGGACCUUUCAGUGGCAGCGUCCUGGUCCCGACCAACGAUGCCUCCGCCGCGAAUCCACUGGCACAGAGAGUGCUGGCACAAUCAGACGAUGAGCUUGCAGGAACACGUGAGAUGACACAGACUGCAACACGUAUGUACAUUGGCGGUGAGCUGGAUCGCUCAGGUUAUGAGCAGUACCUCUCGCAAAUAGGCCUCGGGCCUCCGGCUCGGUGA